AUGGCUCCCCGCGUCUGGUUUAUCACAGGUUGCUCCUCCGGGUUUGGAUGGGAGUUAACUUUGGAAGCUCUGAGAAGAGGCGAUAAAGUCAUCGCGACUGCUCGAAAGCCUGAAAAGAUCGAGAAAUUGAAGGAGGCUGGAGCUGAUAUUUUCGGACUCGAUGUCACAAGCAGUCUUGACGAUAUAAGACGGCUCGUCUGGGAGGCUCACAAUAUCCACGGACACAUUGAUAUUCUCGUUAACAAUGCCGGAUAUAUCCAACAAGGUGCCUUGGAGGAAGUGAGCCCCGAGGAGACAUACGCACUCUUCAAUACCAAUGUCUUUGGUCCUCUAAACGUCAUCCGUGCGGUCUUGCCUUAUAUGCGUUCGCAACACUCUGGUGUUAUCGCCAACACAUCAAGCGCUGGUUCUUGGACAAAUAUGGCCGGAGGUGGUCUAUAUUCUGCGACAAAAUCGGCCUUAUCAGGAGCUACAGAGACACUACGUGUGGAAUUAGAGCCAUUCGGCAUUUCCGUCACCUCUCUUGAACCUGGAGAUUUCCGGUCGAACUUACUAGCUGCCGGUCACCGAUUCGCAGCUCUAUAUCCCAUUCCGGAUUACGACAAUACUCCCACCAGGGCGGCAAUUGAAGAAAGCAAUAGCCUUGACCACAAACAGCCCGGUGACCUGGUGAAAGGCAGCAAAAUUAUUGUCGAUGUUCUUACACAAACUGGGUGUGCCGCCGGUCGGCGAAUCCCUGUCCGAGUUGCCCUGGGUGCAGAAGCUUGUGAUGUCUUGAAAGACAAGUGUAAAGACACCCUAGCUCUUUUGGAGGAAUGGAAGGAUAUUGUUAGCGACACCAACCACGACGAUGUCCAGCCCACGCCACGAACCCAAUCUCCAGACCCUGCUCGCACCUAA